AUGGUAAAUGGGGCUGGUGGUGAAUGGGGGUGUGGAUUAAGAGGUUUUGUGAGGAUUAGUGGUGGAAUGUAUGGGUUGGGGGAAAUGAAGGGAGAUUUACUGUGUUUUCUUGUUUUUUUGGGACAAAUGGAGAAGGAAGUUGGAAGAGAUGGGCUUGGUUAGUUAAGAAUCUUGUUUUCUUUAUGGAGCGUAAUUUUCGUACUUGAAGGGUAAGGUUUCGUAUUUAGGAUUUUUGUAUGUGCAAUGAUUGUUUUUGAUGCUUAAUGUCAAAUUAGGAUUUAUAUUUCGUGUUGAUUCCUUAAUUUUGAUCAAAACUAUUUGAAAAGCUGCAUAAUUUAUACCAGUUGGAGGUCUCAGAGUGGACAGACUAUUGCUGCCCCUUUGAACUUCCCUAUUGAUACAGAAUCAAACUUUAUAGAUCAAGAAAACCAUUUACAAACUUCCAGUGAUAAUUUGAGUGUUGAUGGCAUGAGUCUAUUCAUCUCCAAUCAAAGCUGGCCAUAAUUAUCAGAGAACCCCAACAGAAAAAUUCAAACCCAGGCUACUCCAAAGCUUAAAGCACAGGGACCUUUCUUUGUGUGGGAACGGAAGUUUAGACAGUGACGAAGAAUGAGAUGAUUUUAAUGAGGAGAGCGGAGAUGGGUGUGAUGCUGUGUGAGAGCUGGAAGAAGGGUUUUGGUGGGAUGGGACGAAAGUGCAGGAUGUGUGUGGAGAUGGGUAGGUUAAGAUGAGGAGGGGAGGGGGCUAUGAGGAAUCGUAUGGUUGGAUGGAUUUAUUGAGAUGAUGGGAAUAAGGAGGAUGGGGAUGGAUGUAGUAGUGACUGUCGUCAAGAAGUUGGUUAUAUAUGUUAUCCUAAAGACAAUGAAACUAAAGACACUUGAUACGAGUUAUGUGGCGAUGGAAUCCAGUUUACCCACACUGAAGAAGAGAACUACUGAGAUGACGGUAAUAGCUACUCUGGUGAUGGUUGAAGUAGGGACUGAAAAGUAGAAGAGGGGUUUACUUGUAGUGGAGGGAGUGCUACUAGUAAGGAUGUGUGCAAGAGAGAAUGAGCUGUUAAGAAUUGUAAGGGGUGUAUAGGAGAGAGCUACUUGCAGUGAUAUGUGUGUAAGAAUGGGUAUGACCUUCAAGAUGAUUUUAGUUGUGAGACUUCGAGUGUUCCAGAGAAUGUUAAGCAGAUGGGUAGUGCCACUACUGCUGCUUCUGGUGCUGCUACUUCUGUAGCUGUAGGUAUAUCGAUACUGUCGAUGUCUUCACCAAUGGCAGUGUGGUUUCUGGCCAAUCAGUUCCAAUUGUUUUCACUGCUCUUGUUGGCAAAUGCUGAGUUGCCUGAGAGUAUAAUUGCGUAUAUAAACAACAAUGGGAUAUUUUCGUUCUCAAUGGAUUUUAUACCUGUAAUGAAUAACCCAUCUGAGAACAUGCUUACAUCGCAGGUGCAUCGGAACCAGAGCAAUGAGCAGCUUGGAAACAUUGGGCUCGAAUCAGAGAGUUCGCUGGUAAACCUGGGCGGUAUUAUGUGUACACUUUUGAUGCUUGGAAUGGCUCAUCUGGUGAUCUAUGUGCUACCAAGGCCAGUGUAUCCAGUUGGAGACACUUCAUGCAAAGCCAGGGCAAGCAGGGUCCUGACUAAAUUAUGUGAGGCUUUCAAACUAGGAGUGUAUGUAAGGUUAGGACUUGAAGGGUUUCAGUUUGUGUUAUUGAGCUCUUUCUCAGAAUCUAAAUCAAUGCAGUUAUCAAGUAUUAGUUCUGUAAUAUCUACUUGCUUUGGAGUAAUGUGCUUGUGAGCAUGAAUUGCAUUUUGGGGAUUGACUGUGUUAGUAUCUUUAAGAGGGUCAUCAGAAACUGAAAUUGAAAGAUCCAAACUUGACGAGUUCAAGGCUGGUCUUCGUGAGUCUAAAGCUGCCCAACUAUACACUCCAGUAUUACUGCUCAGGAGAGUCUGGUUUGUGCUUUGGCUAGUCUGAUGGCUUGGUUCUGCUCCAACACUAAGCGUUGGUGGUCUCAUUGGGUUUCAGAGCUUGUACUUGUUAUGAUUGAUCUUUGUUAGACCCUUCCAAGAGAAAGCCAACAACCUAAUUGAACUGAUCAACGAAAUCAUAUUUAGUUUGCUUACAUGAGUCUUGCUACAAGUUAACACAGAGUCGAGGUGGACUGGAAUUAUACAGACAGUAUUUGUAAUGGCGAUGAUGGCAAACACAGUUAUUGUGACAAUGAUUUUAACAGUUGUUUUCAUCAUUCAGAUCAAAAGGAAAUGAGAAAAUACUAAUCCCAAUGUUCUCAGAAGUAAUAAAGUCAUCAAUACAACAGAUAUGUCAAUUAAUAAUCUUCAAAGAAUGAGAAAGUUUACCAGAAACGAAUGUUCAAGUUCAGCAAUUUCCCUCGAAUCUAAUAUUGUUUCAAAAAUCCCUAUUCCUAUCUCUAAAACCCCUCCUAUUCAACCUCCAGACAUCAACUCAAAAGUCCCUCCAAGAGAAGAAUUCAAAUUUUAAUUUUUGUAAACCU